AUGCCGAUUGGAAAAGCGAGAAAAUGCACAAAGAAGAUGAAGAUUAUAUCGCCGUGUGAUGGUAAAAUCCAAAUGAAUUUAUCCAUUCUCGGUUCAAGUCACAGCGGCAAGACAAGCUUAGUAAAACGUUUCUUGUGUGGGUCCUUCAGCGAUGAAUAUAAUCCAACUUCGAUGGAUGUAUUUGAAGAACAUUACAGACUCGACGCUACAGAUGUUGGUGUCUCUUACCAGAUAUUUGACAUUACUGGUUCCGAUGACUUUCCCGCAAUGAGACAACUUGCAAUCAACUCUGCUGAGACAUUUGUUAUUGUUUACGCUGUAGAUGAUCGAAAAUCCUUCGAGGAUGCCAAAAAGGUGAAAAUGGAAAUAUUAAAGACGAAGGGACGUGGUGAAGUACCUAUAUUAUUGGUUGCAAAUAAAUGUGAUGUCGAUCAAGAGAAUCAUGUCGUCAGCUCUGAAGAAGGUAGAAUGUUAGCAAAACAAUGGGGAUGCCACUUCGAAGAAACCUCGGCGAAAAUUUCGCAGAAUAUUGACAAUUUAUUCACAGAACCUAUGAUUAAGGUAUUAAAACAGAAAUAUCCAGAACUCGCUACAUUAGGUUACAAUCAUAGAGCUUUAGCCAUUACUACUCGAUAG